CAAAGAACGCCAUUGGUUGGAGAACUCGGCUCGGAGGCCGUAAAUGAGUGUGGGACGGCGGAUUUUAUGGUUAUCAUACCAUUGACGUCUUGUAUUUGAAUGAGUUAUUAUUUUCAUCUGUGACUUACGGUCAGACAUCAAGAACCACGUGAGAGCACGAGGUGGCUGUGAUAGCGAUAGUGUGGUGUGGGCUUGUGUGAGUGCUUCAAGUUAUGGAGAGUCAGCAGUAUGGCAUGGGCUAUGGAAUGCAGCCCCAAGUGGAUCCGAAUGGACAAAAUCAUACCGAAGGUGAACCAAGGAAACAGGAUAUCAACGAGAUACUGCAGCAAAUCAUGACCAUCACCGAACAGAGCUUGGACGAAGCUCAGGCCAGUACGGAAUUUUCGAGGAAGCACACGUUGAACAGCCAUCGAAUGAAAAACGCCCUUUUCUCAGUCCUUAUGGAGAUAAAAGAGAAAACAGUGAUCAACCUGCGGAACACGCAGGAGGAGGAGCCGCCCGACCCGCAGCUGAUGCGGCUCGACAACAUGCUGAUCGCCGAGGGCGUGGCCGGCCCGGAGAAGGGCGGCGGCGCGCAGGCGGCCACCAACGCCAGCGCGGCGGCCGCCGCCGGCGGCGCCUCCCAGGAGGGCACCAUCGAGCACUCCGACUACCGGGCCAAGCUGGCUCAGAUCCGGCAGAUCUACCACCAGGAGCUCGAGAAAUACGAACAGGCGUGCAACGAGUUCACGACGCACGUGAUGAACCUGCUGCGCGAGCAGUCGCGGACGCGGCCCAUCACGCCCAAGGAGAUCGAGCGCAUGGUGCAGAUCAUCCACAAGAAGUUCUCCAGCAUCCAGGUGCAGCUCAAGCAGUCGACGUGCGAGGCGGUGAUGAUCCUGCGCUCGCGCUUCCUCGACGCCAGGCGAAAGCGGAAGAACUUUAGUAACCAGGCUGCCGAGAUCCUCAACGGGUAUUUCUACUCGAAUUUGAACAAUCCGUACCCGUCGGACGAGACCAAAGAGGAAUUGGCGAAGCAGUGCAGCAUAACGGUGUCGCAGGUGUCGAAUUGGUUUGGCAACAAAAGGAUCAGAUAUAAGAAGAACAUCACCAAAGCCCAAGAGGAGGCCAACUUGUACGCAGCGAAGAAGGCGGCAAACUCAGGCUCGUCCCCUUACAGCGUUGGAGCCGGCACGCCCGGCCCCAUGAUGUCGCCACCCCCUGCCGACAUGGGCUACAACAUGUCCAUGAACGGCGCCCAGUACAACAGUCAGAGCCAGAGCAGCUAUUCCGACUCGCAACCGGGACUAGGGUACUAACGAGGCCGUGUUUUGUGAGAGCUGGCGUGGAGUGCGUGUGAUCGUUGGCGAGCGAACGCCGGCGGUCGGCUGCGCCCUGAUAUUAUGACGCGGGCCGGAGAGGCGACCUGCCUGUCCACCGGACGGCAGCCCGGCACGGGUCCCGUCCACUGGACGGUGGUCUGGCACGGGCCCGUCUACCGGGCGGCAGCCCGGCACGGGUCCUGUCCACUGGACGGUGGUCCCACACGCGUCCAGAUGACCCGGCCGCGACCUGACCUGACACGCAUGCCGUCCACCGGGCUGCGGCUCUGCAUGUGACCUGCUCGUCGGACGGGGACGCGCUCCGGCAGAACGGCAGUCACCCAAAUCGCGUCCCGCCCACUGGGCGCCGCCAGUGGGCGCGCUGACACGGCGGGCCGGGCGACUACUGGUGCGAGAAUCUCGCCUCGAGCGGCGGUGGGGCGGCCGAGCCGGCGCCGGGGUGUAAAUAGGGGUCGGAGCGCGCCGACCGGCGGCGUCGCCCCGCCGACCGCAGCGCCCUCUUCAUUUGCACCGACGACGCGUCAGCGACGGCCCGUUCGUUUCCUCACAGCAGCCGGCUGGAUGUUUGCGAUGUUCUCACGCACGGAUAUUAAGUUUUGGGCAUCCUGCGCGUGCAUUGGACGGGGCGGAACGCGACGCUAGAAACAGAUUGCGCCGGGCGCUGGCAACGCGGCGGGGCUACGCGCCGCGGCCGCGAGGUUUUUGUUCAAAUUGUGAUUUCUGGGGGGCGCGGACGCUGUUACGUUCUCGGCCCCAGCCCCGUUUUGUAUGGUGUAUACUCAAUAUGUACUGUAUUGUACGUGCCCUAAUAAAUGUGUCCACGUUUUGUACAAACGUACAUAGAA